CCGCCUUCCUCCUCCUCGGCAUCGACCUCGAGGAGGGCUCCGUCUUCCCCGCCGCCGCUGCCCCUGAGGGCGUCGAGAUUACAUAUGGGAGUGUUAUUAAAUUGAUGCACGAGAGGACGAAGUUUCGGUUGCAUUCACACGAAGUGCCCUACGGGUCGGGGAGCGGGCAGCAGUCAGUCACUGGCUUUCCCAAUGUUGACGAUUCGAACAGCUAUUGGAUUGUAAGGCCCGUGCCAGAUUCAUCUGCCAAACAAGGUGAUGUCAUUCAAAGUGGUACUACUAUCAGGUUACAGCAUAUGAGGACUCGAAGAUGGCUACAUAGUCACUUGCAUGCUUCCCCAAUAUCUGGUAACCUGGAGGUGAGCUGUUUUGGAGGAGAGAACGUGUCAGAUACUGGUGAUUUUUGGUGGCUUGAAAUUGAGGGUAGUGGGAAAACAUGGAGGCAAGACCAGAGAGUAAGACUUCAACAUGUUGAUACUGGUGGUUUCCUGCAUAGUCAUGGCAAGAAGUACACUCGAAUAGCUGGAGGGCAGCAAGAGGUCUGUGGUGUACGAGAUAAACGUCCUGAUAAUGUCUGGUUAGCAGCAGAGGGUGUAUACCUUCCGGUUAGCGGAAGCAAGUAACAGAUCGAUUUUAUUAGAGUUGAAGCUGGAUAAAAAGAUGUUCAGUUCAUUGAGAGCCGAUGCUAAUUAAGGAAGCUUUGACAUUUUAAGUCUUGAGAAUUGUAUGGAGCACGUCUGCUUAAAGUUUACGUACAAGAGUUCUUUCUUUUUUGUGGCAGUUUCAGAAAUGGUAGUGGAAAUUCUCGUGAGAGGUCCAGCUUCGCCAGUUUGUCAAAUUAGACUAUCAGAUCUCAGCUUUUUAUAGAGAUGGUACGCUUUACAGACGAGCUUUUCUUGUCUUAGUUCCAUUGUCGAGGUCGUUCCGGACAUGGUUUACUCUUGGAUGAAAAGUUCUUUAUCAUCCAUGAACUUCCGGUCUUCAGCAUGUUUCUUUGACUUUUUCACUGAAAGUAAUGUAAUUUAAUCAUCGUUGUUGAGGUUAGCGGCUGGAGUUGUUCUCCGUUGUUUCUGUUUUUGUGCGAGUAAUCAUAUAAACUAGCAUUUAAUGUAUGCUAUGCAUUUGAAAAACUCAUUUACGUUAGUUUUUGUUUAAUGGAUUUUUUUUUUCUUUAA